AUGGGUUGCACAUGUGCCAGCAGCAGUGGCAACAGCGCAUGCGAUUUAGAAUGCAAAGAGGAUAUCUAUGUUGGCUUCCACGAAGUCGCGGACCUGCUCAACCAAGAUGGGCCAUGCUCCAACAAUAUGAGUUCGCCCCUCCUGGGCAAAGACAAUGACUUGGAGACUUCGGAAGAGUCUUCAGUGGAGGAAGACACUGAGGAGGAACACAAAGACCAAGACGAGCAAAAACCCAUGCCGUGGAUUCGGUUUGCAGCUUUGUGGGUGUGUGUCAGCCUGGCAGCAGGUGUGCUACCUGGUCAGUCACUCUUCGCGCAGAUGUUCGCGGACGCUGGCGUGUUCAGCUCCAGCUGUGUGGACGGAAAGCCGGGAUGCACGGAUCAGUAUCUCGUUCUCACCACCGUCUUCGGCAUCGGCCAGAGCCUCGCAUAUGGCUUUUCUGCCCCAAUCGGCUUGCUCUUUGACCGAUGGGGCCCAAUGGUCAUGGGGGUAGUGGGAGCCCUCUUUUGUGCCAUCGGCAUGUUGAUGGUCUCUGGAUCUGUUGUGGGUGCUGCCGCGGGCCACGACGCGCAGACCUCAUACUUGUUUCUCAUGGGCACUUUCAUCUGUGAUUUCGGUUCUCUCCUCAACAGCUUUUCGUUCAUGGGCCUCAUCUGGCACUUUCCCGGGAAGCAGACGGUAGUGCUCUCCCUGAUCAAUGCCACAUACCAAGCCUCUGCGCUGCUACCCAUGGUUGUGCAAGCGGCCAUGGAACAGUACCACUUCACCCUGUCCAGCAUCAUGUUCGCUUGGACAGGCGUUGUCUUUGCAACCGUCUACUUCUGCUGGCUGUUGACGCCCUCGCAGGCAGAGUAUUACCAACAGGCGAAGAAGGUUCUCGGCAUGCCACUGCCGAAGCCCCCAACGGAGCUGAAGCCAUGUGAAAUGAUGUCACGUUGCAUCGAGGUUCUGCAGCAGCAUCGUCAGGACCACUGGGUCUCUGGCUUCACGUUGUCACUGGGUUUGAUCAUGCCCUUGCUGUACUCUUCAGAAGCAGCUCCCUACGGCGAGGUUCUCUUUGGUCACAAGGCCGAUGGCGAGAAGCUUGCAGAGGUCAAUGUUCUCUGCACUGCGAUAGUAGGCUUGGUAGUGGGCCCCUUCGUGGGGAGAUUCGCAGACGCGUUUGGCCUGCAGGCCAUCAUUGUGAUCUUGGCGGUCCUGCAGGGAGUGGCUGUCACAUUGGUAGGUUUGGCGAGUUGGCCCGCGCAGAUCGUUUGCGCUGUUUCCCAGGUGCUCUUCAUGGCACUGUGGGCCCUCUUGAUAACGAGAUAUAUACUCCUCUACUCGCCUCCAAACCGACUGGGUGCUGUGAACGGGGUGUACACGUUGGGCGUGGUGCUCAUUGGCACCCCGAUGCAGCUGGUGAGUUUUUGGGCGACCUCCGUUCUGCCACCAGGCCCAGGUGCAUAUCGGCUCCCAAUGCUUGUAUCGGGAGGCAUAGGCAUGCUUGCCAUGGCCUUUUACGCCUUCUACUAUCAGCGCCACCCCGCUCCCCACACUCCGCCGUUGCUUCCGGAGGAUGAAUCUGAGUUGGCGAAGGGCUUCGGUUGCGGAACGCUGGACGAGGUGUGUGAAGUGACUCAGACCAAGAGCAAGGCGGAGCUCGUGCGGAAGUUAGCCUCCUCAAAGCCGGAGGACAUGCAGAGCCUCCUCAAGAGCAUCGAUGUGCAGAAGAUGAUGGAGAUCAUGUCAAGGCGGCCCGUUGAGCAUCUCGCCGAGAUGAUCGAGGAGAACGACGAGGAGAUCAAGGAGGAGAAUGACGAGGAGGUGGGACCCGCGACUCUUGUGGUGCCGGAAUUGGGGCCAAGUCCGACAUCUGGCUUGCGUGCGGCCACUGAUGCUGAGUCGUACUAUCGCUCGCGUAGCAGCUAUUUUGCCCGGAUUAUCGCAACAGGUGACAAAGGGGCGGUGCGGGACUACUUUCUCAAUGAGCCCGUGGAUGACAUUCGCUACGUCGCUCUGUACAUGGCCGAGCGCCAGUCUCCUGCGGAGCAGAUGCAGCAAGAUAAAGCCUUGAACAAGUUGAUCUCAGGCAAAGAGUUCGCCGCCAUUCUUCGCCGACGCCCGGAGCUAAAGCCUUUCGCUCUAAGCCUGAUCGUGCAGGAGAUGGCAAAGAAGAUGGCUCCGGUCAAUGGCCGGAAGAAGAUGUGA